AUGUACCGCCAGACUCUGAUCAAGAUCCCGUCUCGAGGCCUCUCCCGCCGCGCAUUCUCGACGACCAUCCGCGCCAUGUCAGCAGGCGACACCGGUGCGCCGAAUAAGCUAGGCAGCUUAGGUGGCCAAGGUGACGCUUUCCAGAAGCGCGAAAAGGCCAACGAGGAUUACUCGAUCCGCCAGCGCGAGAAGGAGAAGCUUCUCGAGCUGCGCAAGAAGCUCCGCGAGCAGCAGGACCACCUCCAGAAGCUGUCCGAUCACAUCGACGAGUUGACCAAGGACCAAGGUGGCGAACACAACUAA